AAGAAAAAAAACUCAAUUUCCCAUAAACCCUUUCGAGUUUUUACGUCUUUGUGCGUCACCCUCCCCUCCCUCCCCCGCCCUCACUGGUCUACUGAGGAAGAAAGGGGGAGAAGGGAAAUCUGUACUGAAAGCUUUCCCACAAAUAUGAGCGGCAGCGGGCGGGCCAGGACCAGCUCAUUCGCUGAGCCCACCGGAGCUCCAGGACCUGCUGCAGCCGGCGCCGGAUCGGCAGUCGCCGGCGGAAGCUCGACAGGAAAGACCGGGGCUUCACAGGCCAGUGGCAGCAGCUCAUCAAGCUUUGGAAAUUUGAAGCUGCCAAGAGACAGUGGCAAAGUGACGACUGUGGUAGCAACACCCGGCCAGGGCCCUGAUCGUCCACAGGAAGUGUCCUACACAGACAUUAAGGUUAUAGGAAAUGGCUCCUUUGGGGUGGUCUACCAAGCACGCCUAUUUGACACUCAGGAGAUGGUGGCAAUUAAGAAAGUUCUCCAAGACAAGAGAUUUAAGAAUAGGGAGCUGCAGAUUAUGCGGAAAUUGGACCAUUGCAAUAUUGUGAGGCUACGUUACUUCUUUUACUCCAACGGAGAGAAGAAAGAUGAGGUGUACUUGAAUCUUGUGCUGGAUUAUGUCCCUGAAACGGUGUACAGGGUGGCUCGGCACUUCAACAAGGCCAAGAGCAUCAUCCCCAUCAUCUAUGUUAAGGUGUACAUGUACCAGCUGUUUCGCAGUCUGGCUUAUAUCCAUUCCCAGGGCGUGUGUCAUAGAGACAUCAAGCCUCAGAACCUCCUGGUGGACCCAGAGACAGCCAUUCUUAAGCUUUGUGACUUUGGCAGUGCAAAGCAGCUAGUUCGAGGGGAGCCAAAUGUGUCUUAUAUUUGCUCGCGGUACUAUCGUGCCCCAGAGCUCAUAUUUGGCGCCACUGACUACACGUCCAACAUUGACAUCUGGUCAGCCGGUUGUGUGUUGGCGGAGUUGCUGCUGGGCCAGCCCAUCUUUCCUGGUGACAGCGGUGUGGAUCAGCUAGUAGAGAUCAUAAAGGUUUUGGGGACACCAACAAGGGAGCAGAUCCGAGAAAUGAAUCCCAACUACACAGAGUUCAAAUUCCCACAGAUCAAAGCACACCCUUGGACAAAGGUCUUUAAACCUCGUACGCCACCAGAGGCCAUCGCCCUCUGCUCUCGACUGCUGGAAUACACACCCGUGACCAGACUGUCUCCUCUGGAAGCAUGUGCACAUGCCUUCUUCGAUGAGUUGCGUCAACCUAACACUCGCCUGCCCAGCGGACGAGAACUGCCACACCUCUUCAAUUUUAGUCCUGUUGAGCUGUCAAUCCAGCCUCAGUUGAACUCCACACUCAUUCCUCCUCAUGCUCGUGCACAGACAUCACCUGCCUCACAUGAGGGCAGCGUGUCGGACAGUACUGCCCAGCCCAGUUCAGCACCUGGAUCCAUCAACAGCAGCACCUGAGCGCACAUCAUACUGUUAUGUUUUCUUUCUUUUUUCUUUUUUUUUUUUUGUCUCCCCUAUCUUCCGUGUCACUCCUCUGCUACUCUCCCCUCUCAACCUCUCUUCUGGCACCAAACCCACAUAAAAGAAAAGAUGAGGAGACGCAGCCAAACAGUCAGCAUUGCUGGUUUCCUUGAAAGUUAACCAUUUCCGAUAGAAGGCAGCGCCUCCAGCUGCUCACCUCAGGAAGCUGUGGGUUGUUUUAAUGGCAUUUUGGUAGCUGCACCUGGGCUAUAGAGGCGGCAGCUCCAAGUCCAGGUUGUCCCUUGUGUGGUCUGUUGGAAUUCAACUUUUUGUUGGUUGGGUAGGAUGUUGAGAUGAGAAGUAUUGUACAUUCUAUAUGGAUUUUUUUUUUUCAAUUAUAAUUAUCAGCUGACUUUUAUCCCCCUUUUAAAUUUAUUUUAUUUGCAUUGUCUAAUUUCACGUGCGGCUGUGGUACCGUUGCGAUUUGGAUUGUGAUUGGCUUUGGAGUUAAGAAUGAGGGCAGCCUGUAAAGCCAGACUAGUAUUGACAAUCAUCCUUGGUUGAGUCACAAAUUGCGCACUUGAGCUGUAUGUAGUGUUGGAUUAAUAACCAAAUAGCCCUGUGUGUAAAUUAAAGGCUCCUCUGUUGCUUUCUACCCUCAGCUCAACCGGUAGUGAAUAGAUGUAAAGAAUUCUUUUAAUCUCAUGGUCUGAUAGCAGUCAGAACACGCAUUUUAAAUAAGAGAUGGUUUUAAAUUAUAUUAAAAAGGAGAGCACCACAGCCUGUAUUUACUUUUUUUUUUUUUUUUUUUCUGAGUAUUAGCUCCAAAGCUGCCUUUUAUUUGAUCAAGCAGGAACUUUAUACAUUUAGAUUGCACACAGCUUCAGUUUUGUCAUAAUAAGCUCACGUCCUCAUCAGUUAAGCUGGAAACCCAGGGUUUCAUGUUUAUUCUCAGUCGAGUAUUGCACAUCUCCAAAGGGAGUGGAGGGAAGUGAACAGGCUUGUUACGUGUCCAUCUCACAACCUAACUUCUCACUUCUCGCCAGAGAGCUGCUGUUGUGGGGCUCAACUUGCAUCUAGAAAAGAAGCCUCAUUGUCUCAAAUGUCUCAACAGUCUUUUUCUAGAGUGCAGGGUGAAUAGUCGCCUGAUUUAAUGUCGUCUAUUUCCAGCGUUUCAUAUCUGCUUGAUUACUUUAAAGAAUGACAUUGUUUGCAGGUGGUAGUUAGAAACUACUGCACACUCCCGUUGCUCAAUCUAGUUGUCAUUUCAGCUGGUAUACAUAGUUCGUGUUAUCACAAGAGGAUCACUGUGAAUUCUUAUUUAUUUGGUUUGUUAGAGCAAUUCAUUAAAGCACCUUUCAACCUGCUCGGGAUGCUCGUCUAGCUCCUCUUUGACUGAAAUUAUGGUUAGAACUGCUUUCGACUGAUUUAUGCAGCUAACAGUCCACUUUCAGCAUGGACUGCUUUUUCUUUCUUCCAACACACAAAAAUGCAUGUUCAGUUAAACCUGAUGCCACUAAUAUCAGUCAUGAUUUGAUCCGAAGUCAUGCUAAAACUUUAGAAACCCAACAGCUUUCAGAUCCUCUCCACCCAUUUUUCCUCAUCUUCAUCUUUCAGCCUCGCUUCCCUCUUUCCUCCUUUUUUUUUUCACUACUAAACUGUAAAUAUCAAGUAUCUUUUAUUUUAUUUUUAUUAUUAUUAUUAUUGUUAUUAUUAUUAUUAUGAUAUUGUUGUUCUUGUAAUUUUCUUUCUGUAGUAGAUCGGCACAGCAGCAGCCGGACUGUUUUAUCCUCAGUCACAGUCUGUAAAUAUGAAAAUUUCAUUUCAGUCCCUGGUUGAGGAAGGAAAAACAGAACAAAAUGUUUCAUUUUUAUUCUCUCUCCCUCCAUUUCUUUCAUAACAACUUACCUGUGUCCCCCCAUUAAUGUUGUCACGACUGUUUUUAUUUAUUGCUUUGUGUUUUUUCGGCGGUAGGGGGGGGUCUUUUUCAUCCAGAAAACUUUAGGGAUUUUUUUUUUCUUUUAUUUUUAAUUAAAAAAUUUUGUCCGGCAAUGUCACAUAAAAAACUCUCACAUCAAAGAUACUGUACUCAGAUCCAGAUGUCGAAGUCUGUUUUCCAGUCAGUGGUCUUGUAUGUAUGCAGGUGAACAUGCUUGUUGACUAGUGGAGCUCCAGUUUUCCAUUAAACUUCAACAUGAAGGGAAUGUUACAAGCCUCUGCAUCUGUGAAGUCAUUGCAUUUUUCGAGGGAAGCACAAAUAACAGUGUGGAUGCAUAUAUGUGUGUUUGUGUGUGUGUCUGUGCGUGAGAAGGAAAGGGGAAAAUGAUUUCAUUUUGAUGAAAUGUAUCAUCUCCUUGGUCUGCUGCUGUGACUUUGUGUUGUAUGGGUGGAACAGGUCUGUCGGUAAGUCUGUAAGCUUCACGGAUGGUGAAUUGUUUUUAGCACAGCUGCAGGGAAUGUAUCUGUUUAAAAGCCUGCUGGCAGACCAUGAACAUUCUCCUAAUUGAACUUGCUAAAUGUGCUGUUUCUGUGGGUUUUUUUUUCCCAUUUUCUGAUCUGCCACUUUUUUUUUCUCUUUAAACAGCUUUGUCAAAAACAUGUCAUUGCUGGGGAACAGAACAGUUUGAUAAUGGAUAUGAUGAAGAAGGAAGAGGAAUGGAGGGAGAGAGACAGUUUUUGUUUGUUGAUAUAAAUAAUUAAACUCAUUAAUAAAGUGAUGACACUGUCUCAGCCUCACAUUUAUGACUGAGGUAUGCCUGAAUUAUCAGACCAGUUUAGAUGAGGAUAAGAGGUACAGUUACAUAAUGUGUUUGUUUACUGAUUGUACAUACAGGACAAAUGAGUGAAGAAAAACCUGUGAUAAUUAAAGCCAUUCUGUGAACAA